CUGUAUCCUGUGUUUAUGUUUCUGUAAAGCUGCUUUGAGACAAUGUCCAUUGUAAAAAAGCUCUAUACAAAUACAAUUGAAUUGAAUUAAAAACGUCAUAAGCGAUUGCUCAAGUUCCUUAACGACCCUCCCCUUUGAAUUAACUUCUGUUUGCUUAUUGGUAAGCUCUGAUGCGGACGUAAAAGCGUCGGACCAAUGAAAUGCAAUACAGGAGAAGCGUAGCUGUGAGUGUGGUGUGACAGUGCACGGUGAUUCGGCCUGACCCAGACGGCAAUGAUACACAGACACGGGAACAACCCGAGAGCGGUAACAAAUGGCUACAUUAAUGGAGCGAUUGGCUUUCUUGCAAAAAAUGCCGACUCUUAUGAAGGCGACAGCAGAUGACGAAGCGCCCUGUCCUGGAUACCUCUUUGAGGAAAUUAGCAAAAUUUCCCAUGAGUCACCGGGCUGCUGCCAGUGUCUUCUUGAAUACCUUCUGGAGCGGCUGCAGGUUGAGUCCUGUCAUGUCAAACUGAAGGUUUUGAAGAUCCUGCUGCAUCUCUGUGGCCACAGUCCUCCACACUUUGUCACAGAGCUGAGGCGAAAUGCCACAUUCAUCCAGGAAGUAACAGUGUACAGUGGUCCUCCAGACUCUAUUCAUGGCAAUGCACUCUUUCAGAAAGUCCGGGUCUCGGCACAGGAAUUGGCUAGUGUGCUCUUCGGUGACAUGAUGUCCACAGGGUCUGGUGUGUCUCCAACUCUAGGAAUGGGAUCAGAGUGUCUCCUCCAAUCAGGGAUGCUGGGAUUUGGAAAUAGCCCAGUGAGAAAAUCAUCCAGUACUCUGGGUAUUUUGGAUAAGAUUCAGAAGGCUGCAGAGGUGGUGGCCAGCGCUGUUCUUCCCCCAACAGAGCACGCUGGUAUUCGCCUCCAUGAUAACCACUACCGGCCUGUGGUGGCGCCCUCUGCUGUUGUGGAGGUUGCAGUGCCCGCCUGCACUUACAGUGUCCCUUCACGCAGCCGCAAAGCCUCUCGCAGGUGCCCCGGGAAGGCGAGUGGAGGUUGGGAGGAAACGGGCAGUGGCCACAGCUCCUCUCACAACUCCUCUUUUGAGAAUGAGCAAAUCAUUCAUGCAUCACUGAGGGGAAGCAGUAAGUCAGGAGACACAGGCAGCCAUUCGGGGGCGAGCCGAGAGAGCGGAGACAGUGUGUCAGAACGUGUGGAUGCUGUACAGCUGGGAGACUGUGGCCAGGAGAUGGCACUGAUCAGCAGACUGACCACUGGAUCUAAAAUCUUCCUGUCCAGAGAAGAGAGCCACUGUUUCAUCAAAGAGUGUUCUACUUUAAACUGUGAAGUUGUGGUAGAACUUCUCUGUCACAAACUACAGGACCCCUCACAGACCACCCAAAUGAGGGCACUAUGUGGUCUGGCAUGUCUGAUGUGUACAGAUCUGCUAUCUUUAGAGCAGAUCUUCAGUGUUACACAUGUACGCCUCACCCAGUUGAGUAAGGGCACAGCAGGACCUGUAACAAACAAGGCAACCAAGCUUCUUAGGCAGUUUGAAGCUCUAUUGGGUACUUCCAUGGAAGUAACGAAGGGUGACGUUACUACGGUUCCAGAAUCAUCCACUACUUCACGUUCAGAUCAGCCACAAAAUCCAACCCUCACUAGUCCUCUUCUCUCAGCACCACUGGAUGCUGCUGUAAAGAAACCUCCAUCAAUAAGUGAUAUACAGGCUCCCUCUGCUGAACAAGAUCAGGAGGAAGUUUGUACUGAUUCUGUAGAAGAGAGCAAACAAAAAGAGCCGACUGUUUUGGAAAACAAAGCCAGAACCACAGACCCUUGUGAGAGCUCUGAGCUGUCUGUAAACCAUCCCAGACUGUCACUGUUUAGUGGAAUGGAGCUGAUAAACAGAGGGAAACCAGUGUGUCUGGUUGAGCCUGUUCUCGUAGAACCAGAGCCCCAGACUGGAGCGGAAACCUUUGAAAGCAUUGACAUGGUUAUGGAGAAGAGCUCUGAAAGAACAGCAGAGCCUUCUUCAUCCUCUAGUUGUGAACAGGUUUCUGCCUUCUCCUUCCUCAACCUCUGACCUAGUGUUGGCUGUUAUUUUGUUUAGAUGACCAUUUGAUGUAGAUUGCAAUUUUAUUGAUAGUGAAUAUGACUAGAAUGGAAUAAUAUGGGUGAAGUCUGCAAAAUUUAAGCCUGCACCAGGUGCAUGAAGGUACGAAAACGCCAUUAACGAAUUGUCCAGUCUUGUACUUCACAAGUAAUUAUGCAUAUUUAGGAUUAAAAGUGAUGUCCACUCAAGGGCAGAUCAUAGAUAUUAUAUGGUUACUCAAAUCAAAAGAUUGAUAAUGUUCGUAUACUAGGAUACAGAAUGUUGUCAUCCUGGGUAUGCAUAGUUAGUCAAGUGUGAUACUGGUCUUUAUGUAAUAUUUAUGUGUCCAGAUGCUGCUAAUGGCUUAUAACCAAGUCUAAUGGGUCAUAUAUUCAUUGACGUACUAGGUAGAAGGUUGCUGACAAACUGUGCAUAGCAACAGGUGAGCUGCAGGUAGGUAUAGUAGGGGUGUAACGAUACGGCGUGUAAUAAUGUAGACUAUUUGUCAGAAAAUACCGCUCAUCAUGUGAGGGGUAAUAAACAUUUAAACUUAAUCAAGCCGACACUACCUCCUCAUUAUCUCGAAUCAGGAGGGUCUACAUGGGUUUAAAAAAAAAAAAAAAAAAAAAAAACCUCUCCUAAGCAAGCUGGUUUUUACAAGCUAAUACACUAGCAUACUAAGCUUUACUGACUGAAUCCAUCUGGGCUGAAGAAAUCGCUGCGGUGCUUCGGAAGUUAAUAGCAGCAGAUAUGAGAAUACUCGGCAUAGUGAAGAACGCAGGCUUCAGAGAUGUGUUUGAGCUACAGCGAGCGAUGACUGACAGCACGACUAGAAAGGCACUUCAAGAGCUUGACGAGUGUUAUUUAAUUAUCCAUGAUUCAUUUUGUAACACUCUAAUGCAUGACUUUUGUUUAAUUAUAUGGUUCACAUAAUGACAGUUUAAGUUUAUUUACCUAUAUAAUGUUGAAAGUUUGAAUCAGUUGAAAAUGGAAAGAUAAGGUACAUGAUCAGGCAACGCUUGUUUUUGCAUUUCUGAAAAUGUAACGUAUCAGGACACUGCUGUACCGAAUUGGAAUUCUGUGCAUCGUUACACCCCUACUAAAUAUAUAUUAGGUUUACCUAAGAAAAUGUCCAAACACUUUCAGUAUUCUAUAUUCCUCAAGUUGUUCAGUGGCUAGCAUGGCCCCGGGUUUGAUCCUGAGCUCAGGUUACUGUGUGGCGUUUCCUCUGUUCUUACCAUGUCCAUUGUAGGUUUAUUCCAAUUUCUCAGUUUUCUUCUCACCUCUGAGAAAACAUGCCAGUAGGUGUUUUGGCUAAAGAUGAACUGCCCUUAGGUGUGAAUGUGUAUGUGUGUGUAUGUGGUGGUCCAGGGUCUAUCCCUGCUGCAUGCCCAGUGAUCCUGGGACAGGCUCUGGAGCCACUGCAAACAUGACCAGGAUAAGCAGUUACUGAAAGCGAGUGAGAGAAUCCCCUGAGACCAGACGUUUAUCACAGUUCUUGCUGUCUGCUCUCAGUCUAUUAAUCAUAACAAAAUGUACAUUCAGUUAAGUACUUGAGUGUUUUGUUGAUGAGCGAAAACUGAUAGAUGUACCUCAGGAUUAUUUUCCUCCAGUGUUUACCUUGCCUGACACAUAUUGUGUCUCUUUACAAGUAAUUUAAUGAUAAUUUUAUGUUUUGCACUAUGAGGUUAUUCCUCAAGGCUACUUAAGUCUUCCAAUAAUUUCAAGCCUUUAAAAAAUGAUCACACACAUUAACAUGCAAAAUCCUUUCAAUAUAUGACCGUUUCACCAAUAAUUAGACGAAUGAAAUUAUCUACAUGUGGUUUGCAAACUGCUGUGUAUUCAUGUGUGUGUACGUGUGUGAGAUAUGGAUCUGCAAUUAGACAUCUCAGAAAAUACACUGUCAUAUCUUCAAUUAUAGAUAGACACCAAACACAAUAAAAUUAUUUAUAAACUUUUAUUGUCGAUAUUUUACGAAGAUCAUUUGAGAAAAUAUCCAUUUAUAAACUAAAUGUGUUCACUAUGUUAAGUACAUUUCUAAAUCCAAAACAUGAAUGAUAAGGUGAUUAUCAUCAAAACUGAUAGUCUUACACUGUAGCUCUCAAGCUUUUUGAGCUGCAACCCUCUCAAAAACAAUUCGAAAACAUAGGCUGGGGUUUGUGCACCUCUCUCUGAAUGUGUUUCCCUGAAGACACAUUACAAGCAACACACAUUUCUUCACACUCGAGUGUUGUAGGAUUGUAGUCUACUCCUGUUUUGCUGCUUAAGUGCACAUUCCAUGUGUCCAAAUAAAUGUAAUGUUUGUUCAUUUUA